AUGGGUUCGUUGAACUCUAGGAAAGCACCAAGUGUUCAAAGAUCGAUUAAAAGUAGCAGAGUGUACAAAUUAAACAAUGACGAAUCGCCCUUUAAUUACGUAGAACAUGAAUGGGAAGAAGGAAAUCUUCAUAUAGGACGAAAUGGGAAACCAUGGGAUUCAGUAUCUAUGCAACAGCAGAAGGAAAAUGUAUAUGUUCAUGAAUUCCCUUCUGUUAAUUUUACCUCCAACGAUACAAAGAGUAAUCAAUUAUUAAUACAUAAUGAAGAGACUUUAUCUCAUAAAAGAUUUAAAAGGGGUGUGAUACAUCUUUAUAACAUGGUAGUUUGUGCUACUGGAUGCAAUCCUUUGUCCUAUAAAGGAUAUGGAUGUUAUUGUGGUUUUUUAGGUUCAGGAUAUGUCAUAGAUGGGAUAGACAGGUGUUGUAAAAUGCAUGACUGGUGCUAUGAUGCUACGGAAUGCCCAAUGUUUUCAGAGUACUUUGUACCAUAUUAUUGGAGAUGUUACCAUGGUUAUAAGCCCGUAUGCGCUGUGGAGCACGGGAACUGGGGAGGAUCUGGAUCAUGUGCCCAACGGUUAUGCGAAUGCGAUCGUUCGUUCGCUGAAUGUUUAAAACGUUUCCCCUGUCCAACGACAAAGGCUGUGUGCACUUCGUCGCCUUGGAGAUUGGUACAAAAUCUUUUUAUGGUUAUGUGAUUAC